CCCUCAGGUGCUGCCCACUCACACGCUCCCGCCGGCGUCUGGAGGCGCGGCUUCAGUCUCAGCGGUGAACAAACACUGGGAGGCGACAUGCUCUGGUCAGGCCGGGAUCCUUUCCCCUUCACAAAGUUUACUAACGACUUCAGUCUCAAGGCUUCAUGAUGCAGCAGAGGAAAGCAUACGAUAGACCAACUCACCUCGCUCAAACAGAGGAACCCUGGAGUCGCCUCCAUGAAACAGCCACUUUGGCCAGCUCCCGGCGGACUGUUAUGCAUGAGCGGCAGGCUCCAAACAACAGCCUCGACUUCCAUCUAAAGUCCGUCUACGAUCACCACAAGGACAUCUUCUGGGGAAAGAACCAGACGUUAUACCAGAAGGACACCGUUUCUGAGGACCAAAGGAAGCAGGAGCACUUAAAACAGGACAUGCUGGAAAAGGAACAAGAGCAAAUCAGAGUGUGGGUGGAUCCACAGAGGUGCUCCGUUUACAGCAUUAAGUGAAGCUCAGGCUUUUUUCAAGCAAGGGCUACACCAGGGAGAAAGAUGGCAGCUUCUAUUCAACGUUAAGCUUCCAGUCCUACUAUCUCCAACUGCUACCAACAUGAGAGCUACUUAAAUAAAGGAGUUCCUUCAGUGAAUGUGUGCCGCUUCCGUUUAUCCAAACACCAGACCUAGAAAACUGAAUGUGGAAAGUAAACACUGUGAAGAAAGAUGCCUUUACACUGAUAAUGUUAAUGAUAAUGAUAAUGUAAUGUAACCACAAACACUCAAUAAACAUGUUGGAUACAUGAACACUGAGCUCCGUCACAUUACUGAGAUUUUAGUAGUAGAUCUGUAGUGAAAGUACAAAAGUAAUUUUCUGCUGUUUGAAGAUUUUACUUUGCCCCCAUAUGUCAUACACAUGUACA